AUGGCGGCCCUGCGCGUGGUCUCUGGAGCAGUAUGCAGACGAUUCGUCAACGCUCACGCGUCCCUCUCGCGGUUGUCGCGCUCUCAUUGCCUGUCACGACGUGGCCUUGCUUCGGCCAAGCAGCCCUCUUCGUUGUUCACAGCGUUGGACACCUUCCCGGACCGACACAUCGGUCCUGACGAUGCUGAAGCUGCAUAUAUGCUCUCCAAGCUGGGCUGCGAGUCCAUGGAGGCCUUUGUGCAAGAGGCGGUCCCACCUAAAGUCAGGAUCCCCCUCACGGCGAUGACCGACAAGGUCAUAGAGUCCUUGAGCGAGAACGAGCUCAACUUGAGGGUAAAGCAGCUUGGAAAGGAGAACAAGCAAUUCAAGAGCUACAUUGGUAUGGGAUACCACAAUGCUGUCGUACCUCCUGUCAUCUUGCGCAACGUCAUGGAGAACCCUGCCUGGUAUACUCAAUAUACCCCCUACCAGCCAGAGAUUGCUCAAGGGCGUCUCGAGUCGCUGGUCAAUUUCCAGACAAUGAUUAUGUCCUUAACAUCGAUGCAUAUAGCGAACGCUUCGCUUUUGGACGAGGCCACAGCAGCCGCAGAAGGCAUGAUCAUGGCGUAUGUUGCCUCAGGUCAGAAGAGGAAGACUUUCUUUGUAGAGAAAGGUGUUUUGCCACAGACUCUCGGGGUGCUUCGCACGCGCGCGAAGGGCUACGGUAUCCGCUUGGUCGUUGGAGACGCAAGCACUGGCCUCAAUGACGAAACUUUGCGCUCCGAUCUUUGCGGUAUUCUACUUCAAUAUCCAGAUGUCGACGGCCACAUCAAGGAUUUUGGAAAAAUCACUGAACAGGUUCAUUCAUUGAGCGGUUUGGUAGUAGUUGCAUCGGACCUUCUCGCAUUGACUAUGUUGAAGCCGCCCGGCGAGUGGGGUGCCGACAUCGUCUUGGGCAACUCUGCCCGGUUCGGCGUCCCUGCCGGCUAUGGUGGCCCUCAUGGCGCUUUCUUUGCGUGCACUGAGAAGCUGAAGCGAAAGAUGCCUGGACGGCUGAUUGGUCGUAGCCGAGAUGUCACUGGGCAGCCAGCGUAUAGAUUAGCUCUUCAGACUCGAGAGCAACACAUUCGACGAGAGAAAGCAACGAGUAAUAUCUGUACCAGUCAGGCUCUCCUGGCGAAUAUGUCGGCCAUGUAUGCGGUCUACCACGGUCCAGGCGGCAUCAAGCGGAUAGCGACAAAAGUGCAUGGUUUAACACAGCUGCUCCAGUUAACGGUCGCGCAAUAUGGCUUCAAGACUACGAAUGAGGAAUACUUCGACACUCUCACGUUGAAUGUAACUGGUGCUGUGCCCAACGCCGAAGUCUUACAUGAAGCGUCGACCAGAGCGGGUGUUAACCUUCGCAGAAUAGACAACGAGCAUGUCGGCGUUACGCUAGACGAGAGUGUUGGACCAGUUGAUUUUUUGCGCUUGGUUAACGUUUUUGCGUCAGCUGUAUCUGUGCCCGCCGCUACCUUGGCUACUCUUCCGCACCUCGGGCCUUCUUCCUCUAUCCCUCAGGCCCUCACGCGCACGUCGGAGUUCCUCCCUCAUCCUGUGUUCAACAAACAUCACUCCGAGACGGAAAUGCUGCGGUACAUCCAUCACCUUCAGUCCAAAGAUCUAUCUCUCGUCCAUGCUAUGAUUCCUCUAGGCAGUUGCACCAUGAAGCUCAAUAGCACCAGCAGUAUGAUCCCGCUGACUUUGCCGGAGUUCAGCUCCGUGCAUCCGUUUGCGCCUCUGGAUCAGGUCAAGGGUUACUUGGAAAUGAUCAAGGAGUUUGAGUCCGACCUCUGCACGAUCACCGGCUUCCAUUCCUGCUCUUUGCAACCCAAUUCAGGCGCCGCUGGGGAAUAUGCCGGUCUUAGUGUCAUCAGGGCUUAUCAUGAGUCCCGCGGGGAGGCUCACCGCGAUAUCUGCUUGAUUCCAGUCAGCGCGCACGGCACAAAUCCAGCUUCUGCCGUGAUGGCAGGUCUCAAGGUUGUUCCUAUCAAGAGCUUACCAGAUGGUAGCCUGGAUCUGGUGGACCUUAAGACGAAAGCUGAGAAGCACAAGGACAACCUCGCUGCCUUCAUGGCAAGUAUCACGUAUCCAUCAACCUUCGGAGUCUUCGAAGAUGGUGUACAGGAUGCUUGCAAAAUCAUCCAUGAUAAUGGCGGUCAAGUAUAUCUAGAUGGUGCAAACCUUAACGCCCAAGUUGGUCUUACAAACCCUGCCAUCUGUGGUGGUGAUGUUUGUCACAUGAACCUGCACAAAACAUUCGCUAUUCCUCAUGGCGGUGGAGGUCCUGGUGUCGGACCUAUCUGUGUCGCGGAACACCUCUCUCCGUUCCUUCCAUCGCACCCUAUCAUCACCACUGGAGGCGAUAAGGCAAUUGACGCCGUUGCUGCCGCCCCCUUCGGCAGCGCUUCGAUUCUUCUCAUCUCAUGGGCCUAUAUCAAGAUGCUAGGCGGCCAGGGAUUGGCCGACUCUUCACGGAUCGCCUUGUUGAACGCGAAUUACAUGGCGUAUCGACUGUCUGGGCAUUACAACCUGAGGUUCAAGAAUGCAAAUGGGCGAGUCGCCCAUGAACUUCUAAUCGACCUUGCCGAGUUUGACAAGGCGGCUGGUUUGAAAGUCGCAGACUUCGCGAAACGUCUACAGGACUAUGGCUUCCAUCCCCCUACUUGUUCCUGGCCUAUAUCGACGUGCAUGUUGAUCGAGCCGACAGAGUCUGAGACCCUAGAGGAGAUUGACAGGUUCUGCGACGCGAUGAUCGAGAUCCGCAAAGAAGCGGAGGACAUCAUUGCAGGCAAGCAGCCGAAAGAUAACAACCUUCUCAAAAACGCCCCCCACCCUAUGUCCGUCAUUGCUCUGUCGGAAGAAGAAUGGAAACGUCCAUACUCACGGCAAAGGGCCGCAUAUCCUGUCUCAUGGCUACGCGAGAAGAAAUUCUGGCCCACUGUUUCAAGAGUCGACGACGCAUAUGGCGACUUGAACCUUAUUUGCGAUUGCCCGUCAGUCGAGGACGCUGCGCACGACUUUUCAUGA